UCCAGAGCCACCCUGCUCUGGGCCCCAUGGAGUUUGCCCUGCUGAGUGAGGCUGAGGCCAGGAGCCCUGCACUGUCUCUGUCUGAUGCCGGCACUCCCCACCCCCCUCACCCGGAGCACAGCUGCAAGGGCCAGGAACAUAGCGAUACUGAGAAGGCACCACCUCAAUUGCCCGGAGGGUCCCCAACUGAGGAUGGUUCCCUAAAGAAGAAGCAGCGACGGCAGCGAACGCAUUUCACCAGCCAGCAACUGCAGGAGCUGGAAGCGACCUUCCAGAGAAACCGCUACCCGGACAUGAGCACCCGAGAAGAGAUUGCAGUGUGGACAAACCUCACCGAGGCUCGAGUUCGGGUAUGGUUCAAGAAUCGCCGGGCCAAGUGGCGGAAGCGGGAGAGGAGCCAGCAAGCCGAGCUGUGCAAAGGCGGCUUCGGGGCGUCGCUGGGCGGGCUGGUGCCUCCCUACGAGGAGCUGUACCCCGGGUACUCCUACGGGAACUGGCCGCCCAAGGCGUUGGCCCCGCCGCUUGCAGCCAAGACCUUUCCAUUCGCCUUCAACUCGGUCAAUGUGGGCCCGCUGGCCUCGCAGCCUGUGUUCUCUCCUCCCGGUUCUAUCGCCACCGCUGCCUCCAUGGUCCCCACAGCUGCUGCGGGCGCUGCGGGCGCCGUGGCUGGCCCAGGAGGCCUGCAGGGAUUGGGCGGGGGGCCUGCGGGGCUGGCCCCGGCUGCCGUGUCUUCGGGGGCAGUGUCUUGCCCCUACGCUUCAGCAGCUGCUGCAGCCGCCGCUGCCUCCUCCCCUUACGUAUAUCGGGACCCGUGCAACUCAAGCCUGGCCAGUCUGCGGCUCAAAGCCAAACAGCACGCCUCCUUCAGUUAUCCCGCAGUGCCCGGACCGGCCCCUGCCGCCAACCUCAGCCCGUGCCAAUACGCCGUGGAGCGGCCAGUAUGA